AGCACCUCCAUGCGGUCAGUGAAUUGUAAAAGGCUUUAGGAUUAUACUUGGCGAGCAGAUAUCUGUUUCCUGAGAUUAAAUCAGAUUUGCUUGCCUUUCACACGUCUUUCUUGCAUUUCAUUUUCCUAUAAAGCCUUGUAUGCUUUCCCUACUUUCCAUCAGAGAAACAUAACAAUGGAGUUGAAAAUUCUGUGUUGCGCAGGAUGGAUAUUAAUGUUCAUAUUCCCCCCAGUCUUCUGCUGUGAUCGUUGUCUUCACAAAUCAAAAGUAUCCUAUUACUCUUCCUCCGAGGCUGUCAAUGUGGGAGCAUGUGGGUACGAGUCCUUUGCAUCAACCGUGAAGAAUGGAGAUGUGGCCGCAGCGAGCGCCAAAAUAUACAGGGAAGGGGUUGGAUGUGGCGGCUGCUAUCAGAUAAGAUGCACUGAUCCUAAGAUUUGCAGCAAGUCAGGGAUAAAAGUUGUGGUUUCAGACUUCACCCAAAACAAUCAGACGGAUUUUGUGCUGCCUAGUCGCACCUUCUCAAAGAUGGCGCAACCCAAAAAAUCUUCUAAGCUUCUGAAGAUGGGCAUUGUGGAUAUCGAGUACAAACGAAUACCAUGUGAGUAUCCAGGGCAGAACAUGACGGUGAAAAUAGACAAGAUCAGUAAUUACCCAUACUUUCUCGCCGUGCAAUUUCUGUACCAAGGAGGCCAGACAGAUAUCGUUCUCGUGGAUGUUGCUCAGGCUGGAUCUUCGAAUUGGAAAUACAUGACGCGGAACCAUGGGGCAGUGUGGAGUAUGCAGCAGCCUCCAAUGGGGCCUCUAUCUUUACGGCUGCUUGUUACGAGCGGAUAGGAUGGUUAUUGGGUGUGGGCCAAGGGACCUGUGCUCCCUGCUAAUUGGAAAGUGGGCUCUGUUUACGACAGUGGAGUUCAGAUCGAUGCCAUCAAACAAGAAGGUUGUUCUCCUUGCCCACAAGAUGACUGUUCCCCCUGCGAUACCGAAGAUUGGGACCAAUAGGAAUAAUUGUAUGCCAGUUGCAUACAAGUACAUAAAUUUCAAGAUCAGGCAAUCUCUUGUAAAUUUCUGUUUUACACGUUGCAAACUGAUAUUGUGCUUCACUACAACAUUAUAUAUACUAAUUCUAGUAUUUCAUGGUGGGUUGAAAAGUGUUUCAAUUGGGUCAGUUUUAAACCCCACACACUAAGCAACAUAUUAAGUCUAGAGAAUGUCAAUCAAUCUUGAGUGUAACACUUUUAAGUCUAGAAGUCAAAACUUAGUGUGUGUGA